UGUAUAAAUGCAGCAGAUGCUUUGCAGUGAAGCUCAUCUCAUCAGAAGUUCAGAACACAUAAUGGCCAUCGUUAGGAUCCAGCCGCUCUCUGCUCACCUGCAACCUUGUGCUGCUCCGACUGAUCCGGUCGAGAAGGAGGUUUACACGGUGUGGAUGAAAUCGCUGGUGUUCAACGGCCACGGGUGCACGAUCUAUGGCCAGGACGGACGCGUCGCCUACCGUGUUGACAACUACGCCUGCAGCCGCAGCCGCGAGGUGUACGUGAUGGACAGUGACGGCAAGACGCUGAUCAAGCUGCUCAAGAAGAAUUUUGGGGUGUUCAAGACAUGGAAGGGCUACUCUUAUAACCACGGCCCUGCAGGCCUGGAACAGGAGAACUCCAAGCCAUGGUUCAGCGUUCAGAAGGCUCAUCGAAUUCUGAGGAAGGGAGAGCAUUACAGCAGCAGCGCUGUAGUGACAGUUUGUAUGAGUGGGAAGGUUUACAAGGUCGACGGCGUGUCACACAAAUCAGAGUACAGAAUCACCACCGCAGAUGGCGAGUUCGUGGCGGAGACGAAGAGGAAGCAUAAGAGGGCACCGUUGGAGCAAGCCUCAGGGGUGGUGCUGGGAGAAGACGUCCUGAGCCUGACACUGGGCCCCACGGCGGAUCGCCUGCUUGUUGUCGGGCUUGUGGUCGUGUGUGGCCUCCUCAGCCGCUGCAUCUGAUGGGUGGAGAUUGGAGAGGGAUGCUGGCGCCAUUUUUUUUUAGCUGCUUGCAGUGUUUACUCUUUUUUUUGCGGUAAUUGCAGUGUUUACUCAUUGAGGAAAGGGGAAACAUUUCAGAGUUUAGUUGGUUUUACAUGAUUUAGAAACAUUUUUUCCCCACCCGAAGGGUAAAGUAUUUUUUGAGAAAGAAAGUCAUCUUCUUUCUUUAAUUUUUGUUUUUAUUUCAUCCUUCGGUUGCGGGUCUUUUGAACUAUGUG